UGCUCGUCCAGCUCCUCCAGUUACCACAACAUGCCAGGCUGUUGCCUAGCGAUGCUGUGUUUAUAAAGCGGCUCCACUGCACUUGUAACUCACACAACAUCCCCAGCCACUCAUCUCAGGUGAACGAGGGACUGCUGCGAGCAAAGAAAACAUGCGUGAAUGUAUCUCUGUCCACGUUGGCCAAGCUGGAGCUCAGAUAGGCAAUGCAUGCUGGGAGCUCUACUGCCUGGAGCAUGGCAUCCAGCCCGACGGUCAGAUGCCCAGCGACAAGACCAUCGGUGGAGGAGACGACUCCUUCAACACCUUCUUCAGUGAGACCGGAGCUGGCAAACAUGUUCCCAGAGCCGUCUUUGUGGACCUGGAGCCAACAGUCAUCGAUGAGGUCCGCACAGGAACCUACCGCCAGCUCUUCCAUCCUGAGCAGCUGAUCACUGGAAAGGAAGAUGCAGCCAACAACUACGCCCGUGGUCACUACACCAUCGGCAAGGAGAUUAUCGACCUGGUUCUCGACAGGAUUCGAAAACUGGCCGACCAGUGCACGGGGCUCCAGGGUUUCCUCAUCUUCCAUUCCUUUGGAGGAGGAACCGGCUCUGGCUUCACCUCUCUGCUGAUGGAGCGUCUCUCUGUCGACUACGGCAAGAAGUCCAAGCUGGAGUUUGCCAUCUACCCAGCUCCACAAGUGUCCACAGCUGUGGUGGAGCCGUACAACUCCAUCCUGACCACGCACACCACCCUGGAGCACUCCGAUUGCGCCUUCAUGGUGGACAAUGAGGCCAUCUACGACAUCUGCCGCAGGAACCUGGACAUCGAGCGCCCCACCUACACCAACCUCAACAGGCUGAUCGGACAGAUCGUCUCCUCCAUCACCGCCUCCCUGCGCUUCGACGGCGCCUUGAAUGUGGACUUGACGGAGUUCCAGACCAACCUGGUGCCCUACCCUCGUAUCCACUUCCCUCUGGCCACCUACGCCCCAGUGAUCUCCGCAGAGAAGGCCUAUCAUGAGCAGCUGUCAGUAGCUGAGAUCACCAACGCCUGCUUCGAGCCAGCCAAUCAGAUGGUGAAAUGCGACCCCCGCCACGGCAAGUACAUGGCCUGCUGUCUGUUAUUCCGUGGCGACGUGGUGCCCAAAGACGUGAACUCUGCCAUCGCCACCAUCAAAACCAAACGCACCAUCCAGUUUGUGGACUGGUGUCCCACAGGCUUCAAGGUGGGCAUCAACUACCAGCCUCCCACUGUGGUUCCUGGAGGAGACCUGGCCAAGGUGCAGAGGGCCGUGUGCAUGCUGAGCAACACCACCGCCAUCGCCGAGGCCUGGGCGCGACUCGACCACAAGUUCGACCUGAUGUACGCCAAGAGGGCCUUCGUCCACUGGUACGUCGGAGAGGGGAUGGAGGAGGGAGAGUUCUCAGAGGCCAGAGAGGACAUGGCCGCCCUGGAGAAGGAUUACGAGGAGGUGGGCACCGACAGCAUCGGGGACGAAGGAGAGGAAGAGGGGGAGGAAUACUAAGUUAAAAAUGAUCAAACAAAACCAACAAUGCUUCAGGUUAUUUUUAGGUGUCGGUAUGCUUUGAACAAUCAUUUUCUAAUGCCAUUCAGUUAGUGAAAAAGUACAUCUUCUGAACUUUUAAAGGUUAUCUAACAUAUAGAAAUCACAAAUGUUGGCAUUGUAUGUUUCUGCAGACCACAGAUACGUUACAUUUACACCAUCAUCAUUUGGCGGAUAUGUUUAAACUUAACAUUUCAAAAACACUGGUUAAGAUGUGGUUACGUUAAGACACGAAAUCCUACAUAGUUAUGGUUAGGAACAGAUUAUAUUUUGGCUUAAGAAAAACAGUUUUGAUGUCACAAUACCCACAGGAAACACAGCGAUGUCUUGGUAAAAAACCACCGUUUGUUGAGGCCCUAAAAAUGUAACGUAUUCUUGAUUUGCAGAAACGUGCAAUGCCAAAUUUUCUCCUGGCAACUUUGCCGCAGUAACUGUGACAUUUAGCUACAAAUUCAUGGCUGGGUGCUAAAAUUCCUCUGAAUCUGCUUCUUUCUAACAACAGAUCUCUGAUUUACCUUCGUAUGGCCACUGUAGAACAAAACAAGUGCCUCAUCUAUUGAAUAGUAUGGAAAAAAACCUACUCUUUACAAAUUCCUCACCUCCAGGGGAAGGAAGUAAGAACUACAGAGUUUUGUUGAGGAUGUUUAUUGUUCACGUAAGACUUGUCACCUGUUUAAGAGACAGUUUCACCAGGCCCUGAAUGAUCUGCAAAGUUCAUGUAUCUAUAGAGCGAUUACGAGGAAUUGAGUGUCAAGAUGUUGUCCUUCCUUUGUGUCGUUUUCUUUAAACAAUAAACUGAGACAUGUU